AUGAACGUGACAUUUAUUUAUAGCGACGCCGCUCGGCAGAAGAGUGCAGGGAUGCUCGACAGUCGCGAUUUGAAACUGAUACCUCCCCGUCGAUCACAAAAGCCCCCUUCAUCGUCUCUUCCCGCCUCUUCAAAUCAAACGGGAUCGAUGUCAAGCCAGAACAAGUUGACGACAGAUCGGAAUCAACGGGCUGUGCUCGAACUUGCAACAAAGCCAGGAAACGACCUUUGUGCGGAUUGCAAGGCUCGGCAUCCUCGAUGGGCUUCUCAUAAUCUUGGAAUUUUUAUAUGGAAGAGCUUGACCAUGGACUCGUGGACGAAGGAUCAGGUUGAUAGUAUGAGAGCCAUGGGCAAUUCUAAAUCCAACUCGAUAUACAACCCAAACGAAAUACGCAACCCUCCGCCACCAAAUUUGGAGGACACCGAACGGGAUAGCGAGCUUGAACAAUACAUCAGGUCUAAAUACGAGUACCGGCGAUUCAUUGAUAAAUCGGCGCUGGUGGCAUCAAAACUUGGUCCUUCGCGAUCGGCGUCCAUGGUCACCUCAAGAUCUGUUUCUUCUCCCAUCACAAACCUUCCCCGUACUUCAAGUCCAUCCACUGCUGCUGUAUCCGCUACCACUGCCAGUGCACUACCUGCCCAUAUGAAACAGUCAACGGCUUCGUUAUCGCCUGCACAACCUUCUGAUAAGGCUCCCUUUGAUGGCGCAAGACCCACCCCGCAACGUUCCGUAUCUCAGCCUAUCGUUCACCAAACUCAGCAGACACAGGUUCAAAGCGGGACACCACAAGGUGGCGUCUGGGAUGACCUCGUCGCACUUCAGGCGGUGCCUGCGUCAUCGUCUUCAUUGCCUCUUCAAUACCAGCAGCAACAAGCCGCCCUGCCAGCCUUUUCCCAGGGUUUGACAGCCGUCUCACAAACCCCAUACGGGACCAACGGCUAUUCUAACGGAAUGACGACUGGAAUGAGCACAGCUACUUUCCAACAGCAAUCAUUUGCAGAUAGCAAUCCUUACUCUCAGCCCCAAUCUGCCUUUGCUGCAUCGACGACGUUCACACAACCCCAGUCUUACGGCCAGCAAUACUUUAUGGGUCAACAACCGUCAGGUACCUUCAGCGCUUCUUCCCAAGGGCAAGUCUUCCACCCUCAGCCUCAGUCAACACUUCAGGUUCAGAUCCCACAAAACCGGUCAUUCCUUACGUCUUCCCAAACUUUCAUGUCCGCCCCUGCUAGCCAGUCGCAGUUCAUGACGCCGAGCCCUGCCCAACAGUUCCUCUCUCCCAGUCCCAACCAGCAGCUCCUUUCACAUAGUCCACAACCGCAGUUACAGAUGCAGCAGCAGCCACAAAGGCAGUUCUCAUCUUCACCGUCAUCAAUAAUGACGGGCAUGUCGCAUGGGCAGCAGCAGCAGCAGACGCAGACGCUGGCAAACGGUCAACAACAAAUGUCGACAAUGUCUACCCCAUCGUAUGGUCAUAACUACUUCCUGGCCUGGAACCAAGUACCGCAACAGCAGGCGCCAGGACAAUCCUUGCAGGCUCUUCCUCAGCAGAUGUCGUCCCCGGCCCAAUAUAAUAGUGCCUACGCUGGAGGACAGAUGUACAGCGCAAGUAGUUAUCAGGCUCCGCUUGGCGCGCAGCAGUGGGGUGCGAUGUAAUGAUGCACACGGACGGACGAUCUAGGGGAUAAGCGUCUGUACGUUGGUUGAUAAUCGUUUUCUUCUUUCUUUUUUCAGGACUGGGAUGGAUCUCUCUCUCAUACGGCUUAAUUCGCAACUUGUACAUAAUUGUUCUGGCGUUGUUCUUUCUGUGCUUUCUUCCCUACAGUACAUUUAAUUACCCACUAAUGUAAACACAAUGUUUUCAAUGUUAUAUCCGCUACCUUUGC